CUUUUUAUUGAGGAAGAAAAGCACUUUUAUUUACUUGGGUAUAUCUCUCUUUUCACAUUUGUCUCUGGCUCUUUUGGGUUUGGGAUAUUUCUUCCAAAAUGAAGACUUUCAAGUUUCAACCAUGUAAGUUCCCCCCUCCUCUUUCUCAACCUUAUGUUUUCUGUAGAACUUAUCUGAAUUCACUGUUGACAUUUACUACAUUGUUUUCUCCACUGAUGAUGUUUGACUAAGUGGCAUUAGAUUAGUUAAUAGCCAAUGGCAUUGUAUUAAGACACCUCUGCAUCUAUGUUUGACUCAACCUAAGACAUGUCUGAAGGUUCUGCACUAGCGGAUUCAAAGAGUAGGCCGUGUCUCUGUAGUCUCUUUGUUGUAGCUUCCUUGAUUUGUGGUGCUUACUUCAUUAGUAGUGCACUCAACUCAGAGGAGUAUAAAGAAAGAGUAUCAAGAUGCAAGGUGAUUAAUAUAUUGCAGAAUGCAAAAUCAAAUAAAUGCAUGCAACAAUGCAGAGCUCCUGGAAGUGAAGCAUUACCUAAAGCAUUACCUAAAGGAAUUGUUGCAGAAACAUCUAACUUGGAGAUGCGACCUUUAUGGAGUUACCCUGUGGAAAAUGUCAAUUCAAAGAAAUCUAAGAGCUGUUGGAUUUAAGCAAAAAGACAUUGUGGAUCAAAUUGUUAAAAAGGCAUGCUUGCUUCAUCAAUGCCUUUUCUCUUCAAUGUGUCUUAUGCUAAUUAUGCUCAAUAUCCACUUUCAUGUGGCAGCUUCCUUCUAGUGAUUUUGUUGUGACGCUUUUUCAUGACGAUGGUGCUGUGCCUGUGGAUGAAUGGAGUGAUUUGGACUGGAGCAACAAAGCCAUACGUGUGUCUGCAGUAAAUAAAAAAAAAAGAGGUGGUUUGCUGAACGUUUCUUGCAUUCAGACAUUGUUGCUGAAUACAAAAUAGAUAUUCCUUUGGGAUGAGGACCUUGGAGCAGAGCAUUUUAAUCUAAAACGUUAAGGCAUAACCAUGUUCUGCACUGAGGGCUGUCAAUGGGAUUUGAUGUUCCCUAAAGUUAAAGUUUGGGAGAAGAUUGAUACAGUCUCCUUGUGGUUCAUUUUCACUGUUACUUUUCCUUCUGGACAAACUACGGAUUCCAAUCUUGAACGCGAAACAUAUCAUAUCUCUUGCAGAUACUCGGACUAUUGUUGAAGAUGAAGGACUUGAGAUAUCACAACCAGCGCUAGAUCCUAGGCCCUCCCCUGCUACUGGAUUAGAAGGGAUUGCAUUAAUAGAAUCCAGAAAACAUC